CUAUUAAGAUAAUUGUUCCUCCACGGAACAUUUAGGUCGGUGCACAUGAAUCGAUGUUUUCCUCUAACAUUGUCAACACCGGCUGCUAUUCUUGUUCUUCGCGACACUUGGCUAUUUCUUAACACGCUCAGUGUGAUUCAACUUUUAAUGAGCAAUUCAUAAUUAUAGUGCAGCAAAAAAUGAACGAUUGGAAUCCCAUCGCCAGUGUAUACAACCCGCUCAAGGCAGGCAGUAUCGAUGGCACCGACCUGGAGCCCCAUGACCGGGCUGUGUGGAGGGCUAUGUUCGCCCGCUACAAACCGAAUAAAGGUGUUGUUGGGGACCCACUACUUACUUUAUAUGUCGCCCGCUUGAACCCCCAGACAACGGAGGAGAGAUUGCAGGAAGUGUUUUCGAAAUAUGGACAAAUUAACAGGCUGCGACUGGUAAGGGACAUAGUCACUGGCUUCUCUAAAAGAUAUGCAUUCAUUGAGUAUAAAGAAGAGCGAUCAAUCACCCGUGCACGUAGGGAAGCCAAUAAAUUAGUGGUGGAUCAAAACGAACUUUUUGUGGAUUUCGAACAAGAAAGGACCUUAAAAGGCUGGAUCCCACGACGCCUCGGCGGUGGACAAGGAGGAAAGAAGGAGUCGGGACAGUUGCGCUUUGGCGGAAAGGACAGACCCUUUCGCAAACCCAUAAGCCUUGGAAUGGGCCAAUUCCAAGAUUGGUCCGGUGGUGCCAGAGAAUGGGACAGAGGUUCGAAAGAAAGAUUGGACAGAGGUUCGAAAGAAAGAGAUGACAGACACACGCAGAGGGAAAGAGGACAAUCCACAAGGCCCCACGAGAGAGACCCUGAAUGGGGUAACAGAGGGGCGAGGGAUGAGCGCGACAGAGGAAGAGAAAAAGAUUCGUACAGAGAAAAGUACAGAAAUAGUGAUAGAGAGAGAGAGGACAGAAGAUCCAGUGACAAACAUAGACAUAGAGACCGUAGAUGAACACUUUUGAUGGAUAUAUUGUAUUUUUUCUAAUGAUAUUUGAGUUGAUGCUCAACACUUUUAUCUGUUUAACAAUUGUUAGGCAUUGAUGC